AUGUCUCAAAACCAAGAACUGGUUCCGACUCCCGGGCCCAAUCAAAAAUUUAUUUCCUUGGAAACUGCCAACAUCAAUGCUCUUAUCGAUGCCGGAUCUCAACUGCUAGUCUCUCUCAAAUGUAAAGGCGAAAGCUUUGAUUUCCUCCCUUUGGAUAUCUUUGUGCAUCGUCAGCAUGAUGGACAAUAUCACUGGGGCGACAUCACCUAUAGGUAUCGCCAAGGAGAAGGACUAUGGAUCGAUGGAGACUCCGCACAAAAGCGUGUGGCAGUCGAGCCGCUUGAUAUGGUCCAAAGUUUGGCUGCGGCUAAUCUGAGACCAACUCUUCCAGAAAGCCCCCUGAAUAUUACUCGUGAGUGGCUUGAGGUAGAUGGAGACCUCGGCCUACGCUUCACGAUUCGCAACACUGGCGACAAACAGUUAGAGAUCGGCAGCUUGGGCCUCCCGAUUGAGUUCAACAGUGUUUUCACUGGCAAAACUCAAUCCGAAAUGCAGAAUCAAUGUUGCCUUUCUGACCCUUAUAUCGGCCUCGAUGCUGGACACCUUCGAGUCGCCCCUGUCAAUCCACAAACAGGGUCGUCUUCCGGUUUAGUUGUCACGCCGUUGCAAGGAACAGAAACGCGCUUCGAGGCGUAUCGAAACCUCAAGGAGCCCUCUUUCCCUGAGACUGCUUAUGGGACACAUACGUUUGAAAAUCUGUAUGAGUGGCAAGUUUUGACCAAAGCCUGGGCGGAAAACGAAUGGGCGGCAUCUGGAGAGCAGCCAUGGCAUGAUCCUUCUACCAGAAUACUCUGUGGCGGCGAAUGCCUCCAGGUUGGGGUGCGGUUUUCCGUUUCCAAUGGUGUACGGGGUUUUGACGAUGCUAUCGGGAGAACGGGCAUCCCUUCAGUCGUUGCUGUACCUGGAUACAUCUUGCCCCGAGAUCAACCUGGACAGCUUCUUGUCAGAGCACCUUCGCCGGUUCAGUCAAUGAUCAGCGUCCCAGAAGGUGCUUUGGUAAUUGAGAAGGUACGUGGAGAAACCUAUACGAUUCAUCCAUCCACAUCUCCAUCGAAUUGGGGACGUGUUCGUCUGGAUAUAACCUAUGAAGACGGCAAACUUCAGACUGUACAUUACUUUAUCACCAAACCAACUGUCGAGGCUCUCGAUGACAUGGGUAAAUUUCUCUACAGCAAUGCAUGGUUCACGGAUGAAAACGACGUCUUUAGGCGAGCGCCGUCGAUAAUGAGCUAUGACUAUGAGGAAAAGAAGAUUAUUCUACAAGACACCCGCGUUUGGGUAUCUGGUCUGAGCGACGAAGGAGGGACCGGCGCUUAUGUUGCUGCAGCUCUGAAACAGCUGCUGCAGCCUAAAGCAGAAGAGGUGAGAAAGCUCGAUGAAUUUGUCAACAAGACGUUGUGGGGCAAAAUCCAACUCGAAGACCAUUCGGUAAAGAAGUCUCUUUUCUUUUACGAGCCGCAUGGCACUGAAUUUGACUAUGAUCGAGAUAGUGAUUGGUCAGGCUGGUCAUCAUGGAGUCGCAAGGAUGCAGAUUGCAUCGACCGAGCGUACAAUUACGUUCAUCCCACAGCUGUCUAUUGGGUUAUGUACCGUCUGGCACGUGCCUAUCCGGGGCUGCUCACGCAAGGCUGGGACUGGUAUCUGGGCCAUGCGCAAGCCACAGCAUAUCGAAUGACCGAAGCCGAUGUGACAUGGACUCAGAUGGGUCUCAUGGGCGAGACUGUGUUCGGAAAAGUGAUUGACGACCUCAAUCGCGAAGGUCUUUCUGACAAAGCAGAGCGCCUUGAAAAGAGAAUGAUGAAGCGGACUCUGCACUGGGAUUCAGAGGUGGUUCCUUUCGGCAGCGAAGCUCCCUGGGACUCUACCGGUCAGGAAGGAGUUUACUAUUGGGCCAGACAUUUUGGAUUCAACGCCUUGGCAAAACGUACUGUCAGCAGUAUCCUCGGAUAUAUGCCAACCGUGCCUCACUGGGCUUGGAACGGCAAUGCUCGCCGGUAUUGGGACUUCGAUGUUGCAGGGAAAUUACGCCGCAUAGAGCGUCAGAUUCACAAUUAUGGAUCUUCCCUAAACGCUCAAGUCCUCCUAGACGCCUUCCGUGAUGACCCUGCCGACCUGUAUUCACUCCGCGUUGGAUACGGAGGAGCUACUGCUCCAAUCGCCAAUAUUAACCAGGAGGGCUUUCCUUCUACAGGUUACCACGCGUGGCCAGAUACCAUGAAGUGGGACGGUUCUACCGGAGACUACGGCGGCGCCUUUCUAGGAAUGGCCCUCAAUAGCGGGACGUAUGUUGCAGAUAUCCCUGAAGUAGGUCUUGUUGCCUUUGGUGGCAUCUUGAAACAGUCAAAAGAGAAGGUCGUUGUGGUACCCAAAGAUGCUGUGCGUCAAAGAGUGUACAUCGGAACCCUACGACUGAUGAUCGAGAUUGAUAUGGGCCAAAUCACGGAGUUCCAAUUCAAUGAAGAGUUGAUUACUAUCUUCAUCAAGAAACCUCACAAAGCUCCGGAUCUUGACUCUAUUGUGGUCUGGCUCGAUUCGAGAUCUGAGAAUGAAUGGCAGGUAACGAACUCGGACGCGGAAAAGAGACGAGGAGGUUGGAAGUGUAAGGUUGAUGGAGGCGAGGUGAACAUAGCGCGGAUGUAG